UUUUGCUUUUUCUGUUAUCUCAGUCAUCAUAGGCUAAUUAUGAGACGCAUUAUGAUGAUUGCUCUCUACGUGUUAUUGGUGUUGUUAAGUAAUCUUUACCUUUCUGAGUCAACGUCAUCCUCUCCCCAUUGUAAAGCAUGGCUAGUGCAAUCAAUCCCCACCAAUAUGCCCCACCUCUCCCGCGUCCCCGGCAUCCUAUCUUCUGGGGAUGUGCUUCGGUGGAUGGCUGAAAACUCAACCCGGAGGCUUGACAUAAUAGCUCAAUACUGGCAGCUGCUAGCUGCUCCCAACGAUUCUCGUUCUGGGGAUUAUGGUUACUCUCAAGAUCAGUUGCAUGAAUUUGGUGCCCAUCAAGGUGCUUCCCUUUAUCAAGCAUUAGAUGCUGCUGCUGACCGUAAUGUUAGAAUCAGGUUACUGUCUCACUCUGGAGUCUAUCCAGAUUUUACCUCAGAACCAUCCAAACUCGCUUCUGGAAGGCCAAAUGUUGAGAAUGUGACCUUGCUACUAGAGGAUUGGUGGGGCUCUGGCAUUGUUCAUGCCAAAGUUUGGAUAUCCGAUAGUAGGGAUGUGUAUAUUGGAUCUGCAAACAAUGACUGGAAAUCUCUUACACAGGUCAAGGAAGUCGGAAUUUAUCUUGCUGGUUGUCCUGGAAUAGCUAAAAAGGUUGAGGUCUACUUUAAUAAUUUAUGGACACUCACAUCUCUUAAUUCUUCAGCUUACACAAAAACAGUCUUAGAUCAACAGUGGCAAGUUGAAAGAAAGGUUCCUUGUUGGUCGCAUUUCAUUAAACCUAGAGAGAGGUGCAAGUCACCUCUUCCUCAUUAUGUGGAGACUCCUCAUGUUGCAGGAUACCCAAUUCUGUCUGACCCUUACAAGUUUAAAGUUUCAAUUCAAACUCCUGGGAAUUCAACAAAGCUCCCCCAAGUCAGCUACCUCUCCUUUGCUCCCCCAGAGCUAUUAUUUGGCACUUAUCAGGCUGAUGAGCAGGCAUUGAUUGAUACAAUUAAAUCUGUUGGAACAAAGGAGACAGUUAGAAUCAGUACCAUGGACUGGCUGGGUCAGUCACAAUAUACGAACCAAACAGUUUACUGGUCAUCCAUAUCCUCUGCAAUAUCAGAGGUUGUGUUUUCCAAGCAAGCAACAGUAAAGUUAUUGGUAGCAUAUUGGGCACACUCCAUCAAUAGCACAGACGUGUUCCUUAAGUCACUCCUCUACUCCAACAAUCUCUGCUAUUCCUCAGUAUACAACAAAUACUGUGGUAAAGUUGAGAUCAAGUACUAUGUGGUUCCGGGUUUCAACAAGACAGGACCUGCCAUUCAGGGUGGAGCUAGUUCAGGAAACAUAUACCCUGGUUAUACCAGAGUCAAUCAUGGAAAAUAUGCAGUUAGCAAUGUAAGGGCCCACAUUUCAACUAGCAACAUUGUAUGGGACUACUUCUACACCACAGCAGGUGUCAGCUUUGGGACAUACAACACUGCCAUCGUCUCUCAACUUAGGGAAAUUUUUGAUGCAGAUUGGAACUCACCCUAUGCUGUUCCAGUUGAAGAGCUGGAGAAAGUUUAUAAAUGUUCAAUCUAACUAGUUUAUAUUUGUACUUUCAAAUGGCUGAUAUCAACCAAAAAGAAGAGGAGGGGCGGGGUAAGAACUGAAUAAAGCCAAUGUAAGUUGCAAUGAA